CGCAAUUCGGUCUGUGCACGACCGAUGCUUACGGAAUCCAGCUUGUGGUUGCUUCGAUGUCUGAUUUCAGUGCUUCAGCUGGUAUGUUGUUGGGUCCUGCUGCUUUCCCGCUCUUGAUUUGUCUGAUGGCUAUUCUGAUUUCUUCCGUCGUUGGUGGAUUAACAUCUAUAGGAAUAUCUGUGUGCGCUGCUUUGAUGUCCGGUGGAUUCAAUGGAGCUGUUCUAUUCAACAGUUCCUCGAAGUAUUCUGCACAUCUGUUCCUCUGUUCUUGAAUUUCAGUGGUUGGCCUACCUUCUUUGUCCUUGACCGGUCUCUCUGGUUUACUAUAUUUCAUUGCUAGUUUCUUCAUUGUUUCAUAUCUCCUUCUCUUUCAGCUUGUUCCGCCGUCGUUGCUAAUCCUUCCACGUACUUCUGCUUGUCGGCUUUAGUGCU